UUCUAUUAGUUAAAAAAAAAAAAAAAAAUGGCCGACGAGGUAAGGGAAAAAAACACAGUUGUUGAAGAAAGCGACGUCAAAGAGGAACCCAAAGUUUUGGAAGUUCUUCCAGACAGCCACCCUGUUGGCAUUAGUAGCGAUGAAGAGGGGCCAAUAGACGAACCGGCGACCGAGAGCAACUGGUCAACACCGAUCCUGUCGCUGGCACGGAAGGCGACCGAGACGAUCAGCAGUGGGGUCAGCUACGGUGCAGCUUUGAGAAACGCAACAUCGUCGGGAUCUGCCGCUAGCUCUACUGCCAGUCCGACUAAACAAAAGUCUACCGAGAAUGACACCAACCAAUACCUACCAGCAGUGAAGGACCAUAUGGCUGUGGAGCGCUCCAACCUGUUCAGUAUGAUGAAGCUGAGUAUUAAGGGCCUGAUCCAGUCUUCUCUGAGUCUGGGCAGAACCCUGGACUCUGACUACCCACCUCUGCAGCAGUUCUUUGUGGUUCUGGAGCAGUGCCUCAAACACGGACUGAAAGUGAAGAAGUCAUUCAUCAAUCAGAAUAAGUCUAUCUGGGGUCCUCUGGAGCUGGUUCAGAAGCUGUGUCCUGAUUCUACUGAUAUUACCACCAGUGCCAGAGACCUGCCAGGGAUAAAGACUGGGUUGGGUCGGGCUCGGGCCUGGCUGCAUCUGGCCUUGAUGCAGAAGAAAUUGUCUGACUACCUGAAAGCCCUGCUGGACCGUAAGGACAUCCUAGGUGAGUUCUACGAUCCAGGAGCGUUGAUGAUGGAGGAAGAGGGAACAGUGAUGGGAGGGAUGCUGAUGGGGCUAAACGUCAUUGAUGCUAACCUCUGUAUCAAAGGAGAGGACCUGGACUCCCAGGUGGGGGUCAUAGACUUCUCCUUGUACCUGAAGGACCCUAUGACCACUGAGACCACUAAGGAUGAUGCUAAGCUGACGGCCAUAUUGGACCAGAAGCACUACAUCGAGGAGCUGAACAGACACCUAAGCUGCACCGUCACUGACCUGCAAGCCAAGAUGGACUCCAUAGAGAAGACCAACAGCAAGCUCAUUGAGGAGCUGACGGCAGCGACAGACAGGAUUAACUCUUUACGGGAGGAACAGGAAACCCUGAGACAUGAGAAUGAGACCAUUGUCCAGAGCACUCAGAAGAAAGAGGAGGCGACCCUGGAGGACAGUGCAGUAGAGCUGGAGACAUACAGACAGACACGACAGGGCCUGGAUGAGAUGUACAGUGUGGUGUGGAAACAGUACCAGGAGGAGAAACGCAUCAGACAGGAGUUGGAGAGGGAGCUGAAACUGCAGGUAGGACUAAAGCAGGAGAUGGAGAUGGCCAUGAGGCUUCUGGAGAAAGACACGCAUGAGAAACAGGACACACUGCAAGCCCUCCGACAACAACUAGACCAGGUCAAAACCCUCAACCUGCAGAUGUUCCAUAAGACACAGGACUGUGAGCGCGAGGCCCAGAGGAAGGAGGAGGAAGAGGGACAACUGGAGGAGAAGAUGAACCAGAUGGAGACCACCAUUAAAGAGAUGGAGCAGAGACUGCAGAACUCUGAGCGUGAUCGAAGACAGAGUGACCAGACAGAGAGAGACAUGAGGGCCGAGUUGGAGGGCAGAGUAGACUCCCUACAGAAACAGCUGUCUGACCUGGACACACUGAGGCUGGGUCUGGAGAGUGAUCUGCGCAGUGAGAAGGAGCAGAGACAGGCCAUUCAGAGAGCUCUGCAGAGAGAACAGGACAACAGCACCGAGCUACGCACCCAACUACAACAGAUACAGGGGCUACACACGGAGCUGCAGGAAGUUCAUCAGGAGAAGAAGCAGCUCCAGCUGACCUGUCAGGACCAGGAGACGGCCUUACAGGAGAUGGGCCUACACCUCAGCCAGUCUAAACUGAAGAUGGAGGAUUUCAAAGAGGUCAACAAAGCCCUGAAGGGCCAAGCCUGGCUGAAAGACGAUGAGGCUACACAGUGUAAACACUGUCAGAAGGAGUUCUCUAUCGCUCGCAGAAAGCACCACUGUAGGAACUGUGGAGAUAUCUACUGUAACAGUUGUUCUAGUAAUGAGUUGGCCCUGCCCUCCUACCCUCGACCUGUACGGGUCUGUGACAUCUGCCACUCCCUACUGCUGCAGAGGAGCACCUCUUCCACCUCCUCUUGACACACACAAGUAGACCCUCAUACACACACUCCUUGAUACAAGCAGACCCUCAUACACACACUCCUUGAUACAAGCAGACCCUCAUACACACACUCCUUGAUACAAGCAGACCCUCAUACACACACUCCUUGAUACAAGCAGACCCUCAGACACACACUCCUUGAUACAAGUAGACCCUCAUACACACACUCCUUGAUACAAGUAGACCCUCAUACACACACUCCUUGAUACAAGUAGACCCUCAUACACACACUCCUUGAUACAAGUAGACCCUCAUACACACACUCCUUGAUACAAGUAGACCCUCAUACACACACUCCUUGAUACAAGUAGACCCUCAUACACACACUCCUUGAUACAAGUAGACCCUCAUACACACACUCCUUGAUACAAGUAGACCCUCAUACACACACUCCUUGAUACAAGUAGACCCUCAUACACACACUCCUUGAUACAAGUAGACCCUCAUACACACACUCCUUGAUACAAGUAGACCCUCAUACACACACUCCUUGAUACAAGUAGACCCUCAUACACACACUCCUUGAUACAAGUAGACCCUCAUACACACACUCCUUGAUACAAGUAGACCCUCAUACACACACUCCUUGAUACAAGUAGACCCUCAUACACACACUCCUUGAUACAAGUAGACCCUCAUACACACACUCCUUGAUACAAGUAGACCCUCAUACACACACUCCUUGAUACAAGUAGACCCUCAUACACACACUCCUUGAUACAAGUAGACCCUCAUACACACACUCCUUGAUACAAGUAGACCCUCAUACACACACUCCUUGAUACAAGUAGACCCUCAUACACACACUCCUUGAUACAAGUAGACCCUCAUACACACACUCCUUGAUACAAGUAGACCCUCAUACACACACUCCUUGAUACAAGUAGACCCUCAUACACACACUCCUUGAUACAAGUAGACCCUCAUACACACACUCCUUGAUACAAGUAGACCCUCAUACACACACUCCUUGAUACAAGUAGACCCUCAUACACACACUCCUUGAUACAAGUAGAAUCCUCAUACACACAAUCCUUGAUACAAGUAGACCCUCAUACACACACUCCUUGAUACAAGUAGACCCUCAUACACACACUCCUUGAUACAAGUAGACCCUCAUACACACACUCCUUGAUACAAGUAGACCCUCAUACACACACUCCUUGAUACAAGUAGACCCUCAUACACACACUCCUUGAUACAAGUAGACCCUCAUACACACACUCCUUGAUACAAGCAGACCCUCAUACACACACUCCUUGAUACAAGCAGACCCUCAUACACACACUCCUUGAUACAAGCAGACCCUCAUACACACACUCCUUGAUACAAGCAGACCCUCAUACACACACUCCUUGAUACAAGCAGACCCUCAUACACACACUCCUUGAUACAAGCAGACCCUCAUACACACACUCCUCUUGACACACAAGUAGACACUCAAUCUUUCUUCUCUCUAGGCUGUGCUCAAAGCCCACAGUACUCUUGGUCAUUGAGAACACAUUUUAAUCCAAUUUGAGCAGGAAAUCUGGUGUGAGCUAUAAAGUUGUUUCGCCACUUACCUGAAAUUCAGGAUCUUUGGGAAUGGUUGACUUUAACUGUAGAGGGUUCUACCCUCCUCUUGGGCUAAUACUGCCUUCUCUCUUUUAAACUCAUCUGGAGGGAUUUCACUAAAUAAGAUCAAUAAACAAUAGUGAGUCAGCGGGGCUAAUUGUUUCAUUGUUACGAACAAACUCCAUUCCCAGUUAUACUCCAUAUAUACCCUCUAAGACGCCACAUUUAAAAUGAUAGUUGUCGUUGAAGGGAGCCACAGGCUAUUGGAACAUCAGUGUUUGUUGUAAUAUGAAUGACCGACUAUGCAACUAUCUCAAUUGUGGGGAAAUGUUAGAUUAACUAUUUCAAUUCAAUGCUAUUAUUGAAGGUCAGUUCAAGAAAAGCAACGUUGAUUGACUUUAUUAUAGUAAUUUAGAGCAGAACUUUUUCAUUUAGCUUUGAAAAAGUCUUAGAGCUGAUUUAUAUAGAAUCAUGUGAAAGUUUCACUUCGUGACGCAAAGGAAUGUUCUUAGACAUCUUGAUGUGUUAUUUCAGAAUGUAUAUAAUGAGUUUUAUGUAUACUAACAGCCAUUUUCGGGCCAGUCAUUGGGUGGGGGGGUUUGAGCAAUGUUUUCUAUCAAGAUAUUUAAUAAACUUAUCUGAAUGAG